AUGACAGUAAAAGAAAAUAUCUCAUUGUAUCGACCAAUUGAGGUUACUUGCUAUCCAUUCAUGUUCAUGCAAACUCCUCAACCACCACAACCUACUGAUAAGGUAGUAUUUCCUAGUUACGUAUUGGACGAAUUAACAAAACAAAACCCCGACUUUCAAGCGCCGAUACUAUUUGAAGUAAAAAGCAAAAGUCAAAAAUUUACCAAACGAAUAGUUUGCGGGGUUGAAUCAUUUUCGUCUCCAGAUUUCACUUAUUUUCCACAAUGGAUUUUAGACUAUCUUCAUCUUCAACCAGGUGAUGCUGCUACUGUUCUUAAAGUGUCUAUUCCUAAAGGAAAAUCAGUUACAUUUAAGCCAUUGCAAAAUACAUUUUAUAGCGUUGAAGAUCCAAAGAAAACCCUUGAAGCCAUAUUGAGAAACUAUAUGACAUUAACAUUAAACACAACUAUAACAUUUCAGAUGAAUACAGUUCUUGAUGGGAUGAAUAUUGCUACUGAUGUUAGUGUAUUAAUAUCAGAGGUUCAACCAUUUACUUCAAUUUAUAUCAGGGAGACAGAACUUAUUGUUGAGUUUGAAGAGAAUCCAGAAAUUUCACCGAAAUACAAUAAACCACAACCAAUGGAAGAAGAGAAAAGCGAGGAAGAGGAAGACAUUGAUUUUAAAUUUACUUCUGUUAUCCAACAACCGGUUGAACAACAGAUGGCUGAUAGUUCUGAUUUUAAACCAUUUGAAGGGGAAGGAAGUAGGCUUGGAAGAUCAAGAGAUAUGGAACAAAAUGAUUAUACAGAUACUGAGCUUUGCCCAUAUUGUAAUGGCCAUAUCAAAAAAGCAAAUUUCAAGAUUCAUGAAUUAAGAUGUCGUAAAAUGUAUAAAAUAUGUCCAUUCUGUGGAAAAAAAUUACUUAUUAACUCAGAAGAAUUACAAAAACAUUUAGACCUUCACGUACAAGUGAAGUGUAUUCAAUGUGGUAAAGAAGUUGAAAAACAGUAUUUAAAAGAACAUAUGAAUAGUGUUUGUCCUAAAAGAUUAAUAAAGUGUGAGUAUUGUUCAUUAAUGUUUCCUGUUAAUCAAAUUCAGCAACACAAAGAUUAUUGUGGGAAUACAAUAGAAGAAUGUGAUUUGUGUGGAGCAAAAAUUUCAUUAAAACAAAUGCAGCAUCAUAAAGAAUAUGACUGUGCAUUUGCACCAAGGAAUAUUCAACACGAACAAGAAACUACUGAAAGUUUUGGACUAGAGACAUCACAAGAAGGUGAGUUUGAAUGUCCUAUGUGUAUGAAUCAUUUUUCCAAUCAAGUUGAUCUUGACACCCAUAUGCUUUGUUUCCAUCCAGAAUUGUAUGACUAA